AUCUUGAGUUAUUUUCAUGUGCCGGCGGGUAAAAGGACGCAUCCGUGUGUUCUUGUUUCUGACCAAUGAAAAUGCGGGACAUGAUCUCAAUGUGCGGAACAAACAGUCAAGAUGCUGUGCGAAGCGGGACACCUAGUCACCCUAUCACAGCAUAGGAUGUAGCUGUUUGGUAAAAUCUUUGUUCAAGUUAAACUGUCCUCUAGAACUCGCAACUUCUAGACAAGCCGUGCGUCACAUCAGAGACGUAGAGGGCGGUACAACCUUUACCUGCGCUGUACAGGAAUGUAGCCUAACUUGUUGUUGCCACGCUGUAUGGUAGUAGGCCUAGUCUGUCAGUGACAUUUUGAAGUGAGCACAUUAAAAUCACUGUUUAAAAAUUCUGAGUCAAAUUUGCUAAUAGCUCUUCAGGGUAGGCUAGACGAGAGUUUCAAGUUGGUGAAGACGCAAGUGUUUGUGUAGAUGGGUCACAGCCCCACCCUGCGGUGACACACUCACACUCCUGCAGUCCGUAGCCUACAAGCCUACAACAAGAAGCGUAACUGCAACACUGCAAUCACUCUAAAAACCAGUCGGUUUUCAUGGACUAGAAGGGAUGGCAACACGAGCAAGACUUGUAUGUUUUCUCUCAAUGUUAUAUCUCCUUCUGAAAACAAGUAAUGGAUCUGCGACCGGAGGAAAGCGAGGAUACGUAGACAAAUGCUCUGUGAAGCAGGAGUUCCUAUCAAAUUCAGAUGAGAGUGGAGGGAAACUGGGUGUCACGUUCCGCAAUGACAAUUGCUCCUUGAACUGGAAUCCAGUGGGCAAGCAUGCUAUCCAUGAGGUCAGCAAUGUCACCUUCAGUCACUUGUCCUGUGACAGCCAGGCAGCCGUGGUGGUCCAUUGGAUGGCUAGUCCUCUUGGUAUUGAACAUGUGAAAGGCUUCCGGGUGUAUCUGGAGGACAAGAGCCCCGAGGGGAAGCAGUGCCAGCAUAUGAUCCUGAAGGAGCCCCGGCAGCUCAACUUCUCCUAUAAAAGCGUGAGAAUGAGCUCACAGCCAUUUGUUGGUCUUGCCUUUGAGGCGGACUACAUGGUGAGGAUCGUUCCUUUUCCCACCUUCAUGAAUGACAGCUGCUGUCCGCCCUCCUUCCUCCGCACUAACAGCUGUGAGGUGCUCCUUGGCCCAGACAACCUUGUAUGCAAACCAUUCUGGAGGCCAAAGAUGCUCAACGUGUCCCAAAGCGGCUCCAACCUGCAUGUGGUGUUCGACCAUGCUCCCUCCACCUUCGGCUUUGGCCUCUACUAUGUGUACUACAAGCUGAGGCAGGAGGGCCCUUUCCGACUGAAGCGCUGCAAGCCGGAGUCUAACUUACCCAAGACAACCUGUAUCCUGCAGGAUGUGACUCCAGGAACGUAUGCAAUAGAGCUGCGAGAUGACAACAACACCACCAGGAGACAAACCCAGUAUCACGUCAGCCAAGUUCACUCUCCCUGGGCCGGCCCCAUUCGAGCCAUGGCCAUCACUGUCCCACUGGUCAUCAUGUCUGCUUUUGCCACGCUCUUCACUGUCAUGUGCCGAAAGAAGCAACAAGAGAACAUUUACUCUCACCUGGAUGAGGAGAGCUCUGAGUCGUCCUUGCACACCACCGUCCUCAGCACGGACCGGCCCUGGCCGAGGCCCAAGGUCUUCGUCUGCUACUCCGGCAAAGACUGCCCCAAACAUACCGCCGUCAUCCAGUGCUUCGCCUUCUUCCUACAGGACUUCUGUGGCUGUCAGGUGGCACUGGACCUCUGGGAACACUUGCAGAUCUGUAAAGAGGGCCAGAUGUCCUGGCUGAGCCGCCAGGUGGACGAGGCCCAAUUCAUCAUCAUCGUGGGCUCCAAAGGGCUCAAAUACUUUGUGGAGAGGCGCCAUAGACGAGGCAAAGGGUCUGCAAAGGAUCGAACCCGAGACCGAGUCAAAGAGCCCCCCACACCUGCCGCCACAGAGCCGAGUGGCCGUGACACCUUCGUGGUGGCCGUGGCCAUGAUCGCAGAGAAGCUCCGCGAGGCUCACCAGACCUCACUGGACCUCUCCCGCUUCAUGGCGGUCUACUUCGACUACUCCCAUGAGAGCGAUGUGCCCACGUGCCUGUCCGCGGUGCCUCACUUCAAGCUGAUGGACCAGCUGCCACUGCUGUUCGCCAGGCUUCACUCACGCCAGCUCAACCUACCCGACCGUGAGCCGCAGCCGCCUAAUGUCAGCAAGCGGAACUACUUCCGCUCCAAAUCAGGGCGCUCGCUCUAUGUAGCCAUCUGUAAUAUGCACCAACACAUUGCCCAGGAGCCUGAUUGGUUUGAGCGGCAGCUGGCUCCUGCUCCUCCUCCUCCACCCGUUCCAGGUCCCAAGCGUGGAGCCGCCGGCUGUGCCUCAGCCUCUGUGGAGGCGUCCGUGGAGAGGUUCGACUCCGGCGUGGUGCUGAACGAGGUGGUGCUGAAGCGGCCCUCGGAGAGCGACUGUCCGGUGAAGACUAGUGUCCUCCUGCUGCCUGCAUCUCUGGGCCUCACGGUGUGCUCUCUCCCCGGGCUGGCCUGUAACACGGUGAGCUCCCAGGCAGACUGCGAAGGCCUCUCGUCCUCACAAGAAGGCUCCUCCAGCCCGCCCGAGAUGCCAAGGGACUCUGGGAUCUAUGACUCGUCCGUUCCGUCGUCAGAGCUGUCCAUCCCCCUGAUGGAGGGGCUCUCUCCUGACCAGGCUGACACUUCAUCACUGGCUGACAGUGUGUCCUCCUCCUCUGGGCUAGGAGAUGAGGAGCUUCCUGCCGUGGGCCCGAUGAACUGUACCUUACCCACCAUCUGCAAAGUGGAGCUCCACCACAACCUGGAGCCCAGUAAAGGACUGACCGCGGCAGCAACAUCGUAGCGCUGUACAUGGAUGUGCAUAGACACUUUUAUGCUCCAGCCUAUCCACACCCCGUC